CGGCUUCCGGCUGAGAGGGUGGGACCCCGCGGCCGUCAUGGCAGCUGAAGAGAAGGACCCGUUGAGCUAUUUCGCGGCUUACGGGAGCAGCAGCUCCGACUCUUCGGACGAGGAGAACAGCGAGCCGGAGGACGCGGGUCGUAAGGAGCAUGCCCCGGCUCCGACGACGGGCGGCCGCGGGAAGCAGGCGGAGAAGCGGCUGCCGGGCCCGGACGAGCUGUUCCGCAGCGUGACCCGCCCGGCCUUCCUCUACAACCCGCUCAACAAGCAGAUCGACUGGGAGCGGCAUGUGGUGAAGGCGCCCGAGGAGCCUCCGAAGGAAUUCAAAAUCUGGAAGUCCAACUGCGUACCACCCCCAGAGACCUACACGACUGAGAAGAAGCCGCCGCCGCCAGAGCUGGACAUGGCGAUAAAAUGGUCGAAUAUCUACGAAGACAAUGGAGACGAUGCCCCACAGAACGCUAAGAAAGCCAGGCUUCUGCCGGAAGGGGAGGAGACGGUGGAAUCAGACGAUGACAAAGAUGAGCGUGCAUCCAAGACUCGAAGAGUGGAGCCAGGAGAAGCAGCCAGGAAGAAGAAGUAGAGAGCGGUGGCUCCGGAGAUGUGUCGUUUGGCGGAGUGUUUGCUUCUGUGUGUCACUAGGACAGACAUCUCCAUGAACGUAUUUAUAUUAAUGAACUAACGAGUGUCACCUCGAGACUUUCCACUGUAGAAUUCACUUUUUUAUUUAAAACCUGUAUGUAUUUACAACUCUAAUGGUGACCUGUGAUUGUGAACUGACAGUACUUGGAAACAUUCUGGCUAUCACAAAAUUGGUGACAGGCUUUGAGAGUUUGUCACAUGGACAUGCCAAUGUUCUAUGAACCUUUUAUAAAGGAACAUAUUUUUAAAGUAAAUAUAUUGCAUUGUACUGUGAACUUGUGGGUGCUUUUCAUUAGUAUCUGUACAGUGUAAAUAGAUGAUCAUGGAAAUGAAAUUACUUAAUUCAACAUUGUCAUUACUAAAUGCCACUAACGUAAGUGUCUGUGACAAGCAGCCUGCUUGCCCUGUGACAUUUUGAUUCACAGUGGGGACUGGCAUGUAGGGAGAGCCUCCCAUGUUUAGGUGCCUUGUGCAUACAUGUCUCCAGCAGUCCUGUAAAAAAAAGUAGACAUGCGAGUCCUCACCUUUGUGAUGGAGCUUGAGGAACUGGGCAGAGGGACAUAGCAGUGGGUGAAGACUAGUCACUCAGGACUGACUCCAAGUCAGAUUAAACCACCUGCCCACUCAUCAGACUUCAGUUGUUUUCCAAGAACAUUAUCGUCUCUUCCGCGUGCACUUCUGUUGGGGGAGGUCUCAUACCCUGAUUAUGCGGCUGCACUUACAUACGCCUUACAGUAUGAGUAUUCAUUUCUUCAUUACAUACGCUGAAGACUAUGAAAGAUGACCAGAUUCCGUAAAGAGCAUAAGGUAUACAAUUAAAUUUGAGUCUGUUUGAGUAUAUGUGAUAUAAGAGACACAUUAAAAAUCAUCUGGAAUUCCAGUUUAA